GCUCGUGGGGCAGCGGCAGUGACGUGGGUGCUGGUGGCUGUGGGACGCAGCAGAGGAUGUCCUCUCCAUCGCUGGCCUCGGCGGUGGCGGCGGCGGCGGCAGCCUCGGACCAGGCCGUGACGGCCCUGGCGGAGCUGGCCGAGGCGCUGGGAGCACCGGACCCCCAGGACACCGUGACCGAGGCGCUGGUGCUGGCCGAGGAGGGGCUGGAGGUGGCCGAGGCGGCACGGGAUGCGCUGGAGGAGGCGCUGGUGGCCGCGGUGGCCGCGGCGGCCCCGGCACCGGGGCCGGUUGCCCGAGGGAUGUACAAGGCACUGGAAGCAGCCGCCACCGCCAGGCGUUCCCGACUGGAGCAGGAGCUGAGGCGGAACCGGUGCUUGCACCGGGGGCUGCGCAUGGGCCGGGCCGCCGCACUCACGCUCAUGGUCUUCUGUGGCAUCCUGUUGUCCCUGGACGCGGUGCGGGAGCUGCUGGGGAUGACCCAGGAGAAUCACUUCGUGACCUGCUUGGCCACCAUCGCCAUCAUGUGCCAGGCGGCGCUCCUGGGCCUGGCCACCUCCCAGCGGCACUUGGCCGCCGCCGCCAGCCUCCAGGACCAGCAGGCGAAGCGGUUCCUCCGCCUGGCCCGCGCCACCACCCCCGAGGGCACCGGCGAGGCCACCGCGGCCGCCAGCGCCGCCCUGGGGCUGCUGCAGGAGGUGAGUGGCCACCUCCGGAGCUUGGUGGCCGCCGUCAAGCAGGACCUGGAGGUGGCGGGAGGGAGGUUCCCCGCCAGCACCAACGCCCUCGGCGACACCGUGAUGGCCUUGGGGACGACAGUGGGGGACAAGGAAGGGAUGCAGAGGUUGGCUCGAGCGCUCGAGGCGCUGCCCAGGGAUGAGUAGGGAUGGGGACACCAAGAGGGUCCUCCUCGCCUUGGGGACACCAGGAUGGCCUCUGGUCCAUGUGGGGGACACCAAGAGGGACCUCCUUGCCUUGGGGACCCCCUGAUGGCCCCUGGUCUGUGUGGGGACACCAAAAUGGUACUCCUCACCUUGCAGACACCCCUAUGUCCCCUGUCCCCCCAUUAAACUUCAGGAACACUCCAA